UACCUUUCGCUCUCAUGAUGGCCGGAGCUCCCAUGGAGGUCGGUGGUAGGACACCUCUCCCGGCAAUUGAUGAGGCACUGCUCACAGGUCUCGUCGACCGCUGGCGUCCUGAGACACACACUUUCCACUUUCCUUUUGGUGAGAUGGCAGUAACACUGCGGGACGUGGCCAUGCUGACCGGGCUGCCAAUAAGGGGUGCCCCGUUAAUAGUUUCGCGACCCGCAAGGGAGCAGUGGAAGGGUUAUGUUGCAGAUAGGUUUGGUGUGCAAUACGACGGGAAGGAUGCUGGCCUCUCCAUGUCCUGGGUUCAUGGGCUGACACAGUUCGGUCCAUGCCCACUGGAUGCGGACGAGAAUACACUUAUGCAACACUAUGAGGUGUACUUAUACGUCCUGCUCGGAGGCAUCAUGUUCUGCAACACGGCAGGCGAUUAUGUCGUCCCACAUAUUGUAUGGUUAGCAGCCCACCUCGCGUCACAUCCUUAUGAGCCUACAUCUUACAGUUGGGGAUCUGCAGUGUUGGCUGCAACCUACAGAGGAUUGUGUGAUGCAACCCAGCGAACAAAGAGGAAGGCAACCAUUACAGGGUGA